AUGGAUGCAAUUGAACUUGCAAAAAAUUCUCUUUCUGAUAUUUAUUUAACUUCUUAUAAUAAUGAAUUAAUUAAUGAAUGUGUUUUAAUAUUUGAUGUAUCAGAUCUUGAUUCAUUUCUUCAUAUAUUUGAUUUAUAUUGGAAGAUAUUUCCAAAUAAUAAUGAAAUACAUAAUUUAUCAUGUGAUGAUAUUGAUGCAAUAAUGAUAACAAAUAUAGAUUAUGAAGGUUUUAUAAAAAUAUGUACAAAAUCAAUAACUAUUCAUAAUUCUUAA